AUGUUGUCUGCCAUGGGAAUAUUUCCGGAACAUUUUCCGCGUUAUUCGAGUGCUGUACUUCUUGAGCUUCACAGGAAGAAUGGACAAUUAAUAGUAGAGGUAUACUACAAGAACGUCACUGAUGUUGACAGUUUGUAUCACUACAAUAUACCGGGAUGUGAAGACCCCUGUACACUCGAUGCAUUCAAAUCAGCUAUGAAUAGAUACCUCCCAGUCGACUGGAACGCGGAAUGUGGUAUAGGUGGCCCGAAUGUCAAAAAUUAUAUGAUUUCGACGGCAGUUUUGGCUUUGACCACAUUGCUGCUAGCUGGUGUUCUCAUAGUGGAUGUGGUGCUGAAACGAAAGCGUCGUUUCUCAGUCGUAAACAAUCCGUUGAUGUUAGAUGAAGAAGAGCCUUAA